AAUAUGUAUAUUAGCUGUGUAUUGUAUACCUUUUUUUUUGGCCCAAGUAACUUUUUCUAAUGGCGUUUCAUUAUGUCUGGUGGGUGUAUGCUUGAAAGUCUUACUGGAAAUGGUGACGAUAUUUUGCUGCAUAAUUUCCAUAAUAAAUUAAUAACAAUAAUCAAUCCUUUAUUGUCCCCGUGGGGAAUUUCUUUUUUACGCCUGUCCCUCAACUUGCUCUAAGUGCUUUUAAAAAGACAUUUGUAAUUGCAGCUUGUCACUUGCGCGCCAGAACUUUAGCCGAGAUCCCAAAUAGGUAUUUAAUUGGACUGAGCAAACGUAAAUAACUGAUCAGCGAGUGAUGGGUGUGUGCAGUGCAGCCUUGUUUUCCUGGCAAUAAAAUUCCAGCAAUGCAAGAACACAUUCCGGUUAGAGCCAUUUAAUUAGCUCAAAGAAACAGGAAGAAUAAGUAUAAAACAAAAAAAAAAAAAGAUGGUCGAGUUUAUUUUGCUUUCGAAAACAAAACGACGAUCUCUAUUCUUAUCUUGUCAGGUUCAUGAAGAGUAAUUCAUGGAAAGGGUAUUUGUUUUGUAUGGAUGCUUGGGAGGCUCCUCUGAAUUCACAUCACCUGUUAGCUGUCUCUCCUGAAACCAUUCAUGCCCUUGUUUCCACAUAAUGGUGAAACCUGUUGUUUUUCAUUUUUGCUCUUGCUAUAUUUUAGGUUUGUGUGGUCACCUUAGGGGCUUCUGCACAGAUCUGUUCACCUCCGCUUCUAGAAUGUGGCGUUAUGGUUGAUUAUACAUGACUUUUAAGCAGUUUUUUCUCUUUUUAUUGUAUGUAGGGAUAACGCACCAUGAAUCUAGACCGGUCCGACUCCCAGGAGUCUCUCGAUGGUCCUGAUGAUGAGGUUAUGCCAUACAGUGAUGAUGAAACGGACGAUGAACUGGAACAGGUAUCCGAGGGUGAGGAACCAGAGGUACCUCCAGUAGCGUUACCUACUGCUGAGGGUCCCUGGAAAGUGCAUGCAAAUGACCGAGAUUUCUGUAACGUGCCCGAGUUUCAGAAACCUGUCUUUCUCUGCUUCAAGAAGAGCAAGUAUGCUGGAAAUGCCAUCAAGACAUACAAGUAUAAUGUUUUUACAUUUAUACCAUUCAACCUAUAUGAGCAGUUCAAAAGGGCAGCGAAUUUAUAUUUUCUUGUGUUACUGAUUUUACAGAUCAUUCCUCAAAUUACUACAUUGCCUUGGUAUACUACCCUUGUGCCUUUAGUUAUUGUGUUGGGAAUCACAGCUAUUAAAGACUUGAUUGAUGAUCUGGCACGUCACAGGAUGGACAAGGAGAUCAACAACCGGAAAUGUGAAGUUUUAGCUGAUGGCAGGUUUAAAGAGUCUAAAUGGAUGAAUAUCCAUGUAGGAGAUGUUAUUCGCUUGAAGAAAAAUGAUUUUAUUCCUGCUGACAUUCUGUUGCUGUCCAGUUCGAACCCCAACAGUCUUUGUUACGUUGAAACAGCCGAGCUAGAUGGAGAAACCAAUCUGAAGUUCAAAAUGGGCUUGAAAGUGACUGAUGAGAAACUUCAGGAAGAAAGCCAGCUGGCGAGCUUUGAUGCUUACAUUGAGUGUGAGGAGCCAAACAACCGCUUGGACAAGUUCACAGGCGUCAUGAAGUGGAAUAAUGAGUUUUAUCCGCUGGAUCUCGACAACAUGCUGUUGAGGGGCUGCAAGAUACGCAACACUGACGAGUGCCAUGGCCUGGUCAUCUUUGCAGGUUCUGACACCAAAAUCAUGCGCAAUGGCGGCAAGACCAGAUUCAAAAGGACUAAGAUCGAUGAGUUGAUGAAUUACAUGGUUUAUACUAUCUUUGUCCUCCUUUUCUUGGUGUCUGCUGGUUUGGCUAUUGGCCACAGCUUCUGGUACGAAGACGUGGGUAAGCGUUCCUGGUACUUGAGCGAUGGCCUGCAGCAGUCUGCUUCCUACAGGGGCUUCCUAAGCUUCUGGGGGUACAUCAUUGUACUCAACACCAUGGUGCCUAUCAGCCUCUAUGUUAGUGUGGAAGUGAUCCGGUUGGGCCAGAGCAAGUUCAUUAACUGGGACCUGCAGAUGUACUACCCUGACAAGGACACCCCCGCCAAAGCACGCACCACUACCCUGAAUGAGCAGCUGGGUCAAAUUGAAUACAUUUUCACAGACAAGACAGGCACCCUGACACAGAACAUUAUGGCUUUCAAGAAGUGCACCAUUGGUGGCCAAGUCUAUGGUGAUUCCACAGGUCCCCUGAAGAAUUCUCGGCCUGUCGACUUCAGUUGGAAUAAGUAUGCGGAUGGAAAGUUCCAGUUCUUUGACAAUUCACUGAUUUCGCGCAUCCAAUCAAAGAAUGACUCCGAAGUGUUUGAGUUUUUCAAACUUCUUUCACUUUGCCAUACAGUAAUGGUGGACCAGAACGACAGUGAUCUGGUGUACCAGGCUGCCUCCCCUGAUGAAGGGGCCCUGGUAAGUGCCGCCAGGAACUUUGGCUUCGUCUUCUUGUCCCGCACUCAAGACUCCAUCACUGUCAGUGAGAUGGGCAGUGUGGCAACUUAUCAGAUGCUGGCGCUUUUGGACUUCAACAGCGACAGGAAACGCAUGUCUAUUAUUCUGAGGUUCCCCAAUGGCAAGAUCCGGCUGUACUGCAAAGGAGCCGACACGGUUAUCUAUGAGCGUCUGCAUCCCAGUUCCCAAAAUAAGGAGACUACUCAAACUUCCCUCGAAACUUUUGCAAAUGAGACUCUUCGGACCCUCUGCUUGUGCUACAAGGAUAUUAGCAAUGAAGAAUAUGAAACCUGGGCUAAAAAGCAUAAAGCAGCCAGCAUAUCAUUGACCGAUCGAGAAGCAGCCUUGGAUGAAGUCUCCGAGCUGAUUGAAAAAAACCUUCAUCUUAUCGGUGCCACAGCCAUUGAAGACAAACUUCAAGAUGGAGUACCAGAGACAAUUGCCAAACUCGCUAAGGCUGACAUCAAAAUCUGGGUUCUAACUGGAGAUAAGAAAGAAACUGCUGAGAACAUUGGCUAUUCAUGUGACCUCCUGACUGAUGACAUGAAGAUCCAUUAUGGGGACGAUGUGAAUGUGCAGCUGCAAGACAGACAGGCUAACAGAAGGAACAAUACCGGGGCAGAUGGUCGUCAAGGGAAAGUUAAAGAACCUUUCUUUCCUGAGGCUGGGAAGAAUGCUCUGGUCAUCACUGGAGGGUGGCUGAAUGAGAUCUUGUACGAGAAGAAGAAGAAGAGACGUCGGCUACGCCUGCGCAAACUGAGGAAAAAGACCUCGCCAAAUACCCCCGUGGAUGGUCAGCUGAUGAAUGAGAUGGAAAAGGAGCAGAGGCAGAAAGACUUUGUCGAUAUGGCUUGUGAAUGCAGUGCCGUCAUCUGUUGCCGCGUCACACCGAAGCAAAAGGCCAACGUCGUUAGCCUGGUGAAGAAGUACAAGAAGGCCAUCACAUUGUCCAUUGGAGAUGGAGCCAAUGAUGUCAACAUGAUUAAAACGGCGGACAUUGGUGUAGGCAUUAGCGGACAGGAGGGCAUGCAGGCUGUGAUGUCCAGUGACUAUGCCUUUGCCCAGUUCCGCUACUUACAGCGCCUCCUGCUGGUGCAUGGGCGCUGGUCCUACAUCCGCAUGUGCAAGUUCCUGCGUUACUUCUUCUUCAAGAACUUUGCCUUUACUCUGGUUCAUUUCUGGUAUUCCUUCUUCAGCGGCUAUUCCGCCCAGAUAGCCUACGAAAACUGGUUCAUUACACUUUACAAUGUUUGCUACAGCAGUCUCCCUGUUCUUCUUGUGGGCUUGCUGGAUCAGGAUGUCGGUGACAAGUUGAGUGUACGAUUCCCCAAGCUGUACUUGCCAGGCCAGAAAGGAUUGCUCUUCAAUUAUAAAAACUUCUUUACGAGCUUAUUCCACGGCAUCUUCACCUCUAUGAUCAUCUUUUUCAUCCCCUAUGGAGCUUUCCUUCAGACUAUGGGACAGGAUGGAGAAGCUCCAUCUGACUAUCAGUCCUUUGCUGUUGUAACUGCCUCUUCCCUCAUCUUCAUUGUCAGCCUGCAGAUUUCUCUUGAAACAUCGUACUGGACCUUUGUGAAUUGCUUUGCAGUCCUGGGCAGUAUUGCAAUAUACUUUGGAAUCAUGUUUGACAUCCACAGUGCAGGAAUACAUGUGAUCUUCACCUCGGCAUUCACCUUCACUGGGGUUGCAUCUAACGCUCUCCGGCAACCGUAUCUCUGGUUGACUAUCAUUCUGACCGUGGCCAUAAGCCUGCUACCUGUCAUCUGCUUGGAGUUCCUUUACAAGACUAUAUGGCCCUCGGAAGGAGACAAGAUCCAGAGAAACAAGAAGAAGUAUGAGAAGGAGGAGGAGGAAGUAAGGAAACCGACAGCCUUCCAGCGCGGUCGCAGGUCCCGACGAUCGGCCUAUGCCUUCUCUCAUUCCCAAGGCUAUGCGGAUCUCAUCGCCUCUGGCCGCAGUAUUCGCCGGAAACCAGUACGCAAACCCAUCCCAGAGAGCAUCCGGGAGGUUCCUCAGGCAGAGAACAUCUGAGAGCAAACAGUUUUUCAAUGUUCACUGCUUGGAUCUUAGUUUUAUUUGUUUUUUAUUGUAUUUUUUUAUUUUUUUUUUUGGUGAGAUUUAAACCAAGGACAAGAAUUUAUUUUAAUAUAUGGAGCAUAUGCAACAGAUAAUGUUAGUUUCUCAGGGUUUUAACUUAUUCUUGCAUUUUAGCAAAAAGGGAGGCAUGAUUAGAAUGUGGGUAAGAGUUAGUCUUUGGUAUCUGAUUUGUUGUCUUUUCUAUUAAACCCUUGACUCCCACCCGAAACAAUCAAGUGCACAUUUUUCCCUGAACACAAGUGUAUAUGGAUGUAUACUAGCUUCUACUUGUAUUAGGUGCUCUGUUCUCCUGUGUUCAAGCUAUGCAUGUCACUUCAUUUUACAGGUUUCUUUUCUUUAUGCAAAAGUAAUAUAGUUCUUUCCAAGCGAAAGCCAGUUUCUUUAAAAUUCCCUCAAACCGAUUGGUGCUUUUUGGGAUCCUAAACCACAAUAGUGCCUUGACCUUUGAUAUAAAGGUUUUGCUGUGUACUUUGACAGUCGUAAGUGAUCACUUAUAUAAAUGUUUAGAAAACAUAAAGGAGAAAUCCUUGAUUUCCAUUCCUGAAGUACUUUACAGUUAAGAUGGAUGUCACUUUUUCCCCUUGGUGGAUAGUGGAAUGUACAGCACCGAACCGUUCACUUGGCCAAAUGUUAGAUAUAGAUCUUUACUAGACCUUUUUAAAUCGGUUAUGUGAAAUAUCACUUACAAUAAAAAUUAGGGUGUACUGUUAAGUGGUACUUCAAUGGCCCAAAAUGGAAAUAUGUUACAAUUUUUUAUUUGUGAUUGUAUUUCUAUGUUCAUGUUUUAUUUUUUCUUAGACGUUGCAGAAUCUCUCCGAUUUAUCAUGAGACUCCUUUAAAAUGCACCUUUAUAGGAUUUUUAAUAUUAUUGUAUAUUUUGUACAAAUCUGAAAUAAAAACUGUGACAAUUUUUUUUCCAUUAAAAGGAGUUGUAAAUGAACAAAA